AUGGCCGAUCGAAAUUUUGCAAAUCUCUCCCGAGCCCAAAAUCAUGUCAAUGUAUACAGUAUUGUCGUCAUUGGCUUCAUCACCCUCAGCUCGGCGGCCUAUGGCUACGCGGCUGCCAAUAUUGCCACAACCCUAACCCAGCCGUCCUUUCAAGAAGACAUGGGACUUGUGAACAACCCGAACGCUAGUGCUAUUACAGGAACAAUCAAUGGUAUAUACCAAGCAGGUGCCGUGUUUGGAGCCUUCUUGGCAGGAUGGAUGAGCGAUAGAUUUGGCCGAAAGCUCACUGCGGCAGUGGGAAACGCAAUUAUCAUCGUUUCUGGAGCUUUGCUCACAGGUUCAGUCAAUCCGUCUAUGUUCAUUGUCUUCCGGCUUUUCAACGGAUUAGGAUCAUUCAUUAUCCAAAACAGUGUUCCAGUUUGGAUUGCCGAGCUUGCACCACCCAGAAUCCGUGGUGCUGUUUCUGAUGCCCAUGCUCUUCUGAUGCUAUUUGGAUAUUGUAUUGCAAGUUUUGUGGGGUUAGGAUUCUAUUUUGUCCCAGGAGAGAACCAAUGGAGAGGGAUUGUUGGAAUUCAAAUGGUACUUCCGACAAUCGUUCUGUGUGGGAUUUACUGGAUGCCCGAGUCGCCUCGCUAUUUGCUUUCCCGUGAUCGAACUGAGGAGGCGUGGGAGGUUGUAAAGCGUCUCCACGCCGACAAAAAUGAUCUUGAUACCCAUGAGUUUGCGACUAGGGAGUUCUAUCAGAUGAGGAAGCAGAUCGAGCUGGAUAUUCGCUUCCGGACCUCGUAUUGGGGUAUUUUCACGAACACGUCCCUACGCAAGCGAGCUAUCAUGACGAUCUUUUUGGAGUUUAGUAUUUACAGUUGUGGCGUUUUAGUAAUUCUGAAUUAUGGAUCUGUGGUAUGGGCAAGCCUUGGCUUCGACACAGUCCAGAUUCUGGGCUUUCAAGUCGGAUUCCAAUCCAUUGGAUUUGUCACUAACGCUCUUUCCAUGCUAUGGGUGGACCGUGUGCCCCGACAUUGGUUCAUUUCUUUCGGACUUGCAGUCUGUGCAGUCCUCAUGGCAAUCGAAGCCGCUCUUCAACGUUUCUACCUAGGGAGUACAAACCGUGGUGGACUCAUCGCGAGCGCCACCAUUAUCAUGCUAUUCCAAGCUACCUUUUGUGCGUUCUUGGAUGGGCCAACUUAUUUCUAUAUCACUGAGAUAUGGCCGAGCUACGCCCGCUCUCAGGGUCUGGCGCUUGCCAUGUGCACAUUUGCUUUGACUAACCUGAUGUGGCUUGAGGCUGCGCCAUAUGCCUUCGAGGCUAUUGGUUGGAAGUUCUACACCAUUUUUAUAGUCGUGCCCGCUAUCGCGGCUGUCAUAAUCAUCUUCACCUACCAUGACACUAGGCAUAAGCCGCUAGAAGAGAUUGCGGCCUUGUUUGGGGAUGCAAAUCAAGUGGCGGUGUAUCAACAAGAGUUGGAUAGAAAAGAAAUCCCUAUGGAGGAUAUGGAAGUUGAGCCCCGAAAGGAGACUGCUGAGAUUCAGGAAGUGGAGAACGUGGUGGCUAUGCGAACGUGA